AUGGGAGUCCACAUGGAUAGCCAUACUUACAUGACAUAUUUGUUAUUUCUCAAUGAAAGAGAUGAGAGAAGUUCAUUCUUUUUAAGACUAUUUUGGUAUAAAUAUAACGACACUGAGUAUAGUGACAUUUUCAUCACAUUCCAUUGGUGGUCGGAUUGGGUUUAUUAUGCCGCACUUUGCUUAAAUCAAAAUGUAUUAAGAAGUGUAUCAGCUUCUAGUCCACAGCCACACCUAGAAGCUUUAAAAUUCGGCAUUUCGGUGACCAACCAAGCACAAGGCCAAAUCAAAAGGUCAGCAAGGCACGCACUUAUAGUCGAUGAAGCCGACACGUGCUGGAACGGAGACCGCGAU